GAAGGCUUUUAAAGCGACGUUAGUCGGCGAACAUUCCAGUGCAGUAUUUCGUAGUUCAUUCCGAGUAAUAGAAAAUGUCGUUGUUGUCCAAACCAAUUUACUCUCUUUUGGGUGUUUAUUUGGAGCAACUGUUUAACCAUCCGGUACGGACGAAAUCCGUAACUGCAUCUGCUUUGGCCGCUGGUGCAAAUUAUACAUCCCAGCGAAUUGCCGGAAAGGGCAAGGUAAAUCAGCAGAGUGUCUUGUCCUAUGCUUUAUUUGGUUUCAUUUUUGGCGGCAGUGUACCCCACUACUUUUACAAGACCAUCGAACGUCUAUUCCAUCAAGAUGUGAAAUUCAGACGAUUCUUUCAAUUCCUUUCGGAACGUUUAAUUUAUGCCCCCAUAUAUCAAGCUUUAUCUUUAUACUUCCUAUCAAGAUUUGAGAUGAAUUCGCACAAAGUAGCAAUGACCAAUUUAGAAAAACUUUAUUGGCCUUUGUUGAAAGCCAACUGGCGAUAUCUUUCAUUAGCUGUUUUCCUCAACAUGUACUACGUACCCCCAAUGUUCCGUACCGUGUUUAUGAGCUUGGUUUCAUUCGUUUGGGUAAUAUUCAUAGCCCAUCAACGCCGCCGUUUCCAAGAAAAACAAGAUGCUGCUAAAGCGAAAUGAAAUAAAUUUUUUUUGCUUACUUUAUAGUAUCCUAGUAUUGAGUUUGUUGCAUUUGGUUCAGGAAUUGUAAAUGGCUAGUAUAAAAUAAAUAUAGUGAGGAAUAUGGUUUGUAAAGAA